CAGGACGGACGGAAUGACUUCUACUGCUGGGUUUGUCACCGGGAAGGACAAGUCCUUUGCUAGGGAAAGAGAAAUGUCUUGCCUCCUGCCUGCUCUACCCUGGCCACCCCCUCUGGGGACCCGCCUCCGCGCUGGCUGCAAUGGGGCAGCUCUUGGAAAGACAUGUCGCCUUGCCUGUCCCUGCUUCUCCACGAGCCUUGGGAGCGCUUUGAGAUCUGCGGCUGUGCCUCUGAUGCUUCUGCCGUGAGUGCCUUGGAAAGGGACCUUGUAGAUCUGUGAUGGUUGACGAUGCCUUUUGAAAAGAUCCUGUGCUGUGUUUACCUCCUCCGUUCUCCGUUCGGCCUCGAGUCCUCACCAGUAGCCCGGCUGGGAAGACUGCUCUGGUGUGUGUGUGUGUUCCACGUGGUGACCGUCAGUGUUAACUUUUGUGCAACAAGUAUUUCUCCAGUGCCUGUUAGGUACCGGGGAUUCAACAGCACGUUCCACAGAGAGGAUAACCUUUCGUUAUUAUUUCUAUUUUGGGCAAAAGAUGACAAAAACAAAAACAAAAACAAACCCAAAGACAGUUGCUUAUAAUAAAUAGGUUGAAGCAAAGUGGAGAACAUGGAUGGAGAGAUGGGAAGAGGGAGCUGAGGCGCUGGGCGUCUCCCCUUUAAGAAUCCAGGCCUGGGAAGAUCACACUGAGGCAUGAGGAGGAUCCGAAGGGGAGGACAUCUGGGCAGAGGAAGCCGCAGGUUUGGCGCUGCAGCCAUGCGUGCUAGGCUGAAGGUAGCCCACCCCGCGUCUCGUCUGACUGCUCCAGCUCCCUCUGCUCUGCGCAGCUCACUGAUGCUCUCUGUACCGAUGAAAACAAGUGUCAGCUGAACACGUCAUUUCAUGUAGAACAUCUCUGGGAUUAGAUUCUGAGGAAGCUUCCUGUGUGUGAGAGGGAAGUGUCGCCCCGGUGGGUGUCGGGGAGGAACUCAAGACAGGAAAAGGCCCGUGAUACCACUCUUGGGUGGGGAAAGGAGGAAAAGAAGAAAUACUCUAAAUAAAUUGGACUUCAAAACAAAUGAUGAUGGCGUUGAAGGGGUCUUGUGCCUCUGUCACAGCAGAAGCCGGCUGAUGGCUCCCCUGGGGUUACUCCAGAGAGACUUGUACAGCCUGUGCUGAUGGUCCCCCAUCAUUUUGUGGGUCCUUGACCCUCCAGCAGCUGUCUUCUGCCUUGAGCAUCCCUUCUCCAUUGUCUGAGUCGCCAGAUAGAACAUGGUUGAGAUAGGCUGCCUUUCUCUACAAGUGAUGGCUGUGAGGAGCGGUGUCUGAGACGCCAGAGCUAGUGACCAUCCUGUGUGGGAAGCAGCCAGUGAGAAGAUUACAGUAGCAGAGUGCAUCGAGACACAGAGCAAAGCCAUGACGAUGCUGACCAUUGAACAGCUGUCCUACCUGCUCAAGUUUGCCAUUCAGAAAAUGAAGCAACCAGGGACAGAUGCAUUCCAGAAGCCCGUUCCAUUGGAGCAGCAUCCUGACUAUGCAGAAUAUAUAUUCCACCCCAUGGACCUUUGUACAUUGGAAAAGAAUGCGAAAAAGAAGAUGUACGGCUGCACAGAAGCCUUCCUGGCCGAUGCCAAGUGGAUCCUGCACAACUGCAUUAUUUAUAAUGGGGGAAAUCACAAGCUGACGCAAAUAGCAAAAGUCGUCAUCAAAAUCUGUGAGCAUGAGAUGAAUGAAAUUGAAGUGUGUCCAGAGUGCUAUCUUGCUGCUUGCCAAAAACGCGACAACUGGUUCUGUGAGCCCUGUAGCAAUCCGCACCCUUUGGUCUGGGCAAAGCUGAAAGGUUUCCCAUUCUGGCCAGCGAAAGCCCUGAGGGACAAAGAUGGGCAGGUUGAUGCCCGCUUCUUUGGACAACAUGACAGAGCCUGGGUUCCAAUCAAUAAUUGCUACCUCAUGUCUAAAGAAAUCCCCUUUUCUGUGAAAAAGACUAAAAGUAUCUUCAACAGCGCCAUGCAGGAGAUGGAAGUUUACGUGGAGAACAUACGGAGGAAGUUUGGGGUUUUUAAUUAUUCCCCGUUCAGGACGCCCUACACCCCCAAUAGCCAGUACCAAAUGCUGCUUGACCCCAGCAAUCCCAGCGCCGGCACUGCCAAGACGGACAAGCAGGAGAAGGUGAAGCUCAAUUUUGACAUGACAGCGUCCCCCAAGAUCCUUCUGAGCAAGCCCCUUCUGAGCGGGGGCACAGGCCGCAGGAUCUCCCUGUCCGACAUGCCGCGCUCCCCGACCAGUACGAACUCCUCUGUGCACACGGGCUCCGACGUGGAGCAGGACCCUGAGAAGAAGGCCCCAUCCAGCCACUUCAGCGCCAGCGAGGAGUCCAUGGACUUCCUUGAUAAGAGCACAGCUUCCCCAGCCUCCACAAAGACGGGGCAAGCAGGGAGUCUGUCUGGCAGUCCGAAGCCUUUCUCUCCACAAGCACCAACACCAAUCAUGACGAAGACAGACAAGACCUCCACCACUGGGAGCAUCCUGAACCUUAACCUGGAUCGAAGCAAAGCCGAGAUGGACUUGAAGGAGCUGAGUGAGUCGGUCCAGCAACAGUCAGCCCCUGUCCCUCUCGUCUCUCCCAAGCGGCAGAUUCGAAGCCGGUUCCAGCUCAACCUGGACAAGACCAUAGAGAGUUGCAAAGCUCAACUAGGCAUAAACGAGAUCUCGGAGGAUGUUUACACAGCCGUAGAGCACAGCGAUUCGGAGGAUUCCGAAAAGUCGGACAGCAGCGACAGUGAGUAUGUCAGCGAUGAGGAACAGAAGCCCAAGAAUGAGCCGGAGGACCCCGAAGACAAAGAGGGGACUCGGGUGGACAAAGAGGCCCCCGCCGUUAAAAAAAAGCCCAAGCCCGCGAACCCGGUGGAGCUCAAAGAGGAGGCGAAAAGCAACUCACCGGCUGGCGAGAAGGCAGACCCCGCGCCUGUCAAGGACAAGGCCAGCCCUGAGCCCGAGAAGGACUCAGUAGAGAAAGCCAAGCCGUCACCUCACCCUACAAAGGACCAACUGAAGGGAAAAGAUGAGAUGGAUUCUCCCACAGUGCAUUUGGGCUUGGACUCUGAUUCAGAGAGAGAACUUGUCAUAGACCUAGGAGAAGAUCCUUCUGGGCGGGAGGGUCGCAGAAACAAGAAGGAGCCCAGGGUGCCAUCACCUAAGCAGGACGGUAAACCGCCACCGUCUACCGUGGCUGGCAACCAGUCUCCCCCAGAGACGCCGGUGCUCACCCGCUCAGCCACCCAAGCACCCGCGGCCGGGGUCACCGUGGCCGCCACCACCAGCACGAUGUCUGCCGUCACGGUCACAGCACCGGCCACCGCCGUCACAGGAAGCCCGGUGAAGAAGCAGAGGCUGCUCUUACCGAAGGAGACUGCCCCAGCAGUGCAGCGGGUCGUGUGGAACUCAUCAAGUAAGUUUCAAACGUCCUCCCAAAAGUGGCACAUGCAGAAGAUACAGCGUCAGCAGCAGCAGCAGCAGCAGCAACAGCAGCAGCAGCAACAGCAGCAGCAGCCUCACUCUUCCCAGGGGACAAGAUAUCAGACCAGACAGGCUGUGAAAGCUGUGCAGCAGAAGGAGGUCACGCAGAGCCCAUCCACUUCCACCAUCACGCUGGUGACCAGCACACAGCCGGCAGCUCUGGUCAGUUCUGGCUCUGCAAGCACCCUGGCAUCCGCUAUCAAUGCCGACCUGCCCAUCGCCACCGCCUCAGCCGACGUGGCCGCGGACAUUGCCAAGUACACCAGCAAAAUGAUGGAUGCCAUAAAAGGGACAAUGACGGAGAUCUACAAUGACCUCUCCAAAAACACCACGGGAAGCACGAUAGCUGAGAUUCGAAGGCUGAGGAUCGAGAUUGAGAAGCUGCAGUGGCUGCACCAGCAGGAGCUUGCUGAGAUGAAGCACAACCUGGAGCUGACCAUGGCGGAGAUGCGGCAGAGCUUGGAGCAAGAGCGUGAUCGGCUCAUCGCCGAGGUGAAGAAGCAGCUGGAGCUGGAGAAGCAGCAGGCGGUCGACGAGACCAAGAAGAAGCAGUGGUGUGCAAACUGCAAGAAGGAGGCCAUCUUCUACUGCUGCUGGAACACCAGCUACUGCGACUACCCCUGUCAGCAGGCCCACUGGCCUGAGCACAUGAAGUCCUGUACCCAGUCAGCUACUGCCCCUCAGCAGGAAGCAGAUGCUGAGGCCAGCACGGACACAGGAAAUAAGUCAUCCCAGGGCAGCUCCUCCACUGCACCGUCGGCACCUUCAGAAACAGCCAGUGCCUCCAAAGAGAAAGAGACACCAGCAGAGAAGAGCAAGGACAGCUCGACCCUGGACCUUUCUGGCUCCAGAGAGACGCCCUCCUCCAUUCUCUUAGGUUCCAACCAAGGCUCUGUUAGCAAGAGGUGUGACAAGCAACCUGCCUAUACCCCAACCACUACAGACCACCAGCCGCACCCCAACUACCCAGCCCAGAAGUACCAUUCCCGGAGCAGCAAGACAGGUUUGUGGAGCAGCAGUGAGGAGAAGCGAGGGUCAGCCCGCUCCGAGCACAGUGCAGGGACCAGCGCGAAGAACCUCAUGCCCAAAGAGUCGCGGGAGUCUCGCCUUGACGCCUUCUGGGACUAGGGGUGCAUUGUGAGCCAGAAUACCUCCCCGUAGGGGGGGAAAAGAACCCAAACAACAGGAAGCAACAAUAACUGGAGAACAGCCACCUUUCCAAUUCCCAACACUCAGGCUCUACCCGUGGGCUUGGCUGCAGGGCAGCAACUUGACUCCAUCCCAGCAUGGGCCCUGGCUGGGACUGCUGGACCUUGUGAGCCCAACACUUUAGGUGUAAGUAGAUACACUUUGUGACGUCACUGACCUAGCCUACCUUCCUUUUUCAUAUCUAUACUGACCUUAACUUAUAAAAAAGAAAAACAAGUUAUAUAUAAAAAAAAAUCUACAAUGAGAAGAAUGUUUUGAUAAUCCAGAGGGCUGGCUAGUUAGCCCUCUGGCCUCACUGUGGUGUCAGGGCUGGGCCCAGGGAUUACUAUUCUCACACAGGUCCUCCUCCCUGGAUACCCAGGGGAGGGAGGAAGCUACUGUCCCUCUGCAGCACACCACGAUCGGGGCUCCCAGGCUAUGCUGUCCUGGACCCACCACACCAAGCCAUCGGCCCGUCACAGACCCUACAAGACGAUGUUAUGAAACACAAGUUUGCUGGGCUCGAAGGACAGAGAGAAGCGUGUGUGAUUGUGACCUCAGCUAUGGUUCCCGAAGAGGCAAAGCAGCCUGCCGUUUACAGAAGGUCCACAAAAACAAUCCCUGCUCCAUCGUGGAUGCGGAUGGCAUUCAUGGGGGGCUACCCCUUCUCUCUGCGGAGUGCUUUCCGUAAACACUCACACCUAGUUGUGAAGAGAUAGGUGUCUCAGAAGCAAGGACUCAAAAGCAAGGUGCACGCUGAGGACAUGUGAGCCCGCGGAUGGAGCAUGUAUGUAUUAUUUAUAUGCUGGAGUUCUAUGUUUUUAUGUAAGCAUGAAACACAGGCAGUGUGAGAGAAAGCCAAGACCGGUCAUGCUGUCCCGUUAACGCUGCGUCUGCUGUAGUUCCAUUUUGUAUGUUGUGUAAAACAAGCAUCGAUCGAAGCAAAAAGAUGAUGUGUGUAUAUGAGAAAAAUUAAUUGUAUAUCAUUCCAGUACAUUCCGCUGUACAUUUUAGUCUUCGUUUACUAUCUCUUCAUUGUUGAUAAGAGAAUGCGAGCUGUGCAUUGCCCAGCUAGUUUACCCCACUAGAGAAGGAGGAAGAAAUGCUAGAAGAAAACAGGAGAAAGAACAUUUGUGAAUUGAAUUACAGUUGUCAAAAAACAAAACAAAACAAAAAAAAAAACAAUCUAGCCUAGCUGGCCUUAUUUGGGAAGCGUAACUGCUUUUAGCAUAUGGGAGUAUUUUUUCACAUUUUCUUUGUAUAAAAUUUGUAUUAAACUUAAAUAUCUUUUUUGAUGAUGGUGUUUCUUCAUGACUGA